AUGAUGAACAAUCAUCGUAUUCUUUAUUUGACUAUAUUCGUUCUAUUUCUAUUCGAUUUAACGAUAUCAGCUACACCUAAUUGUCCUGUUGAAGCGGAUCCGACAACAAUUCUUAGUUGUGUAGCUAUCGAUGCUGUCGGUUUAGUUCAAGCAACAAAAGGUAAUAUACGAGCUUUUUGUACUAUGGCUGAACGUUUUAUGGAAUGUCUUAAAACAAAAACAAGAGGAUGUAUUGGAGAAGAUUUUGUACGUGGAUCUCUUUCCGAAUUAAUUGAACUGUCACAAAAAUGUUGUGUCAAUAAAGGAGAAAGAAUGAGUGAAGAAUGUCCAUUUGUUUCAAAACCACAAUGUUUUUAUAUGACUGAUAUGGCAACAUCUCCAAAAGGAAACGAAAUUCCUAUAAAAGAUCUUCAAAUAGGUGAAAAAGUACUCGCAAUUGAUCAUAAUGAUCAAAUCGUUUCGACAGAAAUCGUGUCAUUUCUACAUUAUGAAAAUAAUUCUCAAACUUUUUUCUAUAUAUUCACAACUGAAACGGGUCAUCAAAUAUCUGUAACAUCCGAUCAUCUAAUGUUUAUUGGAAAUCAAACAUACAUUCAAGCUCGUUUUAUUGAUCUUACACAACAUAAUCUCUAUAUUAUGGGAAGUAAUGGUCAAUUACAACCAUCACGUAUUCGUUCAAUUGAUGUUCAGCUUAAACAGGGAUAUGCGACACCAAUAACUCAACAUGGAACAUUAAUUGUCAAUAAUAUUAGUGCAUCAUGUUAUUCAUCGAUCUAUCAUCAUAAUUUAGGUCAUAUGGCAAUGGCACCUUUACGUUGGUUUCAUCAUGCUAAACAAAUAUUUGGUGUUGUCAAUAAUAAUGAAAUGAUUAAAAAUGGUAUUCAUUGGUAUCCACGAACACUAAAUAAUUUCUUGCAUAUAUUUCGUCCCUUAGCAAAUGUAUUUACAACUACAAUGGGAAAUAUUUAA